AUGCACGCGUCGCGCCUGGCGGACGUGUUCGAAGAGUUCUGCCGCCCACCGACCUCGACCGUAUUCGCGCUGUGCGGUGUGCACGCGGCGCAGUACCCGUUCCCUUCUUCUUCUUCUUCAGUACAACCCGGCGUCUCCGGGGCGAAUAAUAGUGCGGCGGCGCUGCCCAUGCAAGGAACCAUCGCCGACGGCAGCGGCAUGACGGCCCUGCCGGGCCACUACCUGCCGUUCGAGGAGAUCACGCUCGCGCCGCACCUCAUGCCUGUCAACCCGGAGGACGAAGACGACGUGGUCCCGGACAUGCACGCCGCCUUUGGCAUCAAUCGCGCCUUGAACCAGAACCAGACCUCUGGCGUCAUUGUCCCGGGCUCAGCCGCCUCUGCUGUCGCUGCCGGCGCCGGCGCCGACGGUGGAGCAAUGGGUGCGGGCCAGGCCACGGGAGAAGCCAGUCAGGCGGGCGUCGUGAGGGAUCCGGUGUGGAGAGAUUUAGGCAUGGAAGGGCUGGUUGUGGAUGCGUCAAGGAAUGGAAUUUCUACCGUCGGCACGGAGAUGCCGGGAUAUAGAAGAGAAGGGAAGAGGACGGGUCUAUUGCUUCUCCGGUGA